AUGUUUGAUUAACUGGAUAAUAUUCGAAAAGCUAAAAGAAAUGUUAAAUUGGAAGAUAAUACUGAUAACACUAGACGAAGAAUUAUGCUGCAUGGAUAAAUUUUCCAGAACAUAAACUUUACUAAGGUUAUCAAGGAAGAUUUUUAAAAGUUUCUUGAGGAAUAGGGAGACAUAUUCUAACUUCUUGAAAAUAAGGCAUUGAAUAAAAACUAACGUCUAUAAGGAACUCGACUGAGUAAUUCGUAAUCGCCUGACAGGAAGGCAAAGACAAGAAUUCUGAAUGAACUUGAAAAAUCCUUGUUAAUUUAUGACCCUAACAUUCUAGAUGCCUCUGAUUUAAGGUUUGAUACCAUUGCAAAAUAUAAAACUUUGAGAAGACAUGAUUUGAUAACUCAUGAUCAAAUAAUGUAGAAAGAUGAAAUAGAGGAUCUUUCAGAAUUAGAAGAUAAUUUAGAUGGAAAGCAUGAUUCAGAGGGUAAUGAAAAUGAUUCAAACGAGGAGACUUAUGGCAGCAGUGAUAGCAGCUUCGAUUCUCAGGCAAGUAAAGUAGCAUUUUGGAAAGACAUUAAUACAAAGGAUUCAGAUUACAAAAAUGCAGUAAUCCUAAAACGAAUUAGAGAUAAUCAAGAUAAGCAGUAUAAAGGCAACCAAAGAAGAAAUCAGCGAGAUUUAAAAAUGGAUAAAGAUAAAAUUCAAAGAAUAAAAAACAAUCUGAGAAUUAAGGAUAACUACUAUUCUAACCAGGAGAAUUACACACAAGAUAAGAUCAAUAAGAUUAAGCAAGCUCACAUUGUAGAAAUCAGAAAUAUAAAGAACCUUUCAGUCUAGUAUGCAAUAGAUUACUUCAAGUAGAAGAGUGAGGAUUUAAACAAGAUAUUUACUGAAGAGAUAUUUGAAAUUUUGGAUUAGUAUGACAUACUUCGGCAGAAGCACAAUUAAAAAGAGCAAAGAAUCAGCAGGCUGAAUGAAAUAGUAAAACAUCAAGAGAAGAUCCUGUCUGAACUUUAAACAUUUUUUCAUGCAUCUUUGUCUCAAGUCUUUGAUAAGACAUUUAAGUACAAGUACGAAAUUUUGAAUGCAUUUCAGCUUAAAAACUUUGGAAUGCCAAUGAAAGCUAUUGUUUAAAAUGAUCCCUUUUAACUAUACUGCUCAUACUCAAAUAUUUACCGUCCUAUGAAGUAUGAAAAUAAGCAUGUUUCUUACAAAGUGAAAUAUGACAUGAUGAAAGAACAAAAUAGUGAACUUCUUAAUGAAUUGGAUAGCAUCAAUAGUAUUUGUGAAGUUUAUAUUAAACAAGGAGAAGAAUUUCAAAAGAAUCUUACAGCUAUAAAAAGUGAAAAAGUCUAAAUGGAAAGUAGUUUUACCAAUCAAAUAGAAGAUCUAAAAAAAGAGAUAUAAAAUUUACAGAAAAUCAACAUUGAGAUGAAUCAGUAUCAUAAAAAGAGGGAAGAAUAGAUUAUAUCUUUAUUCAAGACUGAGACUGAAGUAAAUGAGGCUAUUAUAAAUAAAUAUACAGAUAUGGUAAAGCAGUAGGAGCAAGGUAAAUUACUUGAACAUAUAAAUUAAAAGAAAAAUAGUAAGAUGAGCGAUAGCAGAAUCUCAACAAGACUGGAUACAGUCCAAGAAUCAACUUAUGGUAGUAUUGAUUUUAGGCAUCAACCAAGGCCGUCUUCAUAAGCAAUGGACAGAUUUAUAUUUAGAAAACUAUCAAAGUCAAAAUCAUAGCAAAAAUCUAGAAAUCAAUACCUAUUUAGAAGAAAUCUGAAUAACAAUACUACUAUCUCAAUCAUAAAUGACUCUACUGAUUAGAUAAACUACUCAGAGAACUUUUAAUCUAAUUCAAUAGAUUCACUUGAAUCUUUUGAGAGGUAAAUACCAAGAAAAUAGAUGAAGUAUGAUGAAAACUCUUAAAUUUUUGAGAAUUCAAGCAAUCUUGAUACAAUUUUGAGAGAUCAAAAUUCUGUAACAUUAGAUCAUAAAAGACCCAAGUCUAAUGAAAUGUAGGGAUACGGAAGAUACUGGAAAUAGCGUCAGAGGCAAAAGUAUUAGGACUUUUCAAUGAACGACUUAUCUCUAUUGCAGUUUGCUGAUCAGACAUUUAUGAGAACACACAGUAAAAAUGAUACAGCAUAGCAUAAAAAUAGAGCAUUUUUGAGCAAUUAAUUCUCAACUCAACUAGUUUAGAGAUUUGGGAAGAGAUAAGAUCUUUUCAACUAUAUGUCAAACAGGAGGAGCGAUAUUCCAGUAAUAUAGCAUUUAAGUAAAAGUAGUAGGGAUAGAUAUCUUUGGACGCAUGGAAAAACUUAACUGUCUUAGCAAAGACAAAUAAUUUGA